AGUUGCCGCUAGUGGUGGACCAAGCCAAGCUGAGCGACAAUGAAGUGCUUGGUGGUGUUGUGCUGCGCCGUGGCGACGGCCAUGGGCUCGCUCGUCCAGCUGGGCGCGCCCAUCGUCACGUCGCAGAGCGUGAUCCAGGACACGCUGGGCCAGUUCAACUACGCCUACUCGGCAGGAGCGUCCGCUAAGCAGGAGGUACAGACGCACGACGGCGUCACCAGGGGCUCGUUCUCGUACGUGGACGGCAACGGCCACGUGCAGACGCGCACCUACGUGGCCGAUGACGUCCACGGCUUCAGGGUGGCCGCCACCGACCUGCCCGUCGGCCCGGCCCCCAGCGUGGUCGCCGCCCCCGCCAUCCUGUCCCACGGCGUGCCCACCGUUCUCGGUGGCCCCGUGCUCGGACUGGGCGCCGGCAUCAUCGGCCACGGUGGAGUCGUAGAUACUCCCGAGGUGACCGCCGCCAAGAUCCAGCACGCCCAGGCUCACGCUGAGGCACUGGCACGCGCUCAUGGACGCCGUCGCCGUAGCCUGAACCUCGGCCUGCUCGGUCUGGGCGGCCUCGCCAGCCCCGCCGUGUCCUGGUCCACCACUCCACUGAUAAGCUCACCUCAGCUCAUCGCCGCUCCUCAGGUCGUCGCUGCCCCUCAGCUUGUCGUCGCUCCCCAACUCCUCGCCGCCCACGCCCCCACCGCCGUGGUCGUCGGACCCCAGGAACACCCCGUCGCCGUCGCCGGCCCCGCUCAGGGCGCCGCCGUCCUCCAGGGCCCCAAGUCCGCUGCCACCACCGUGUCCGGCCCCGCCGGCGCUGUCAUCGCCCCGUCUACCUCUGCUGGAGGCAUCAGCAGCGCCAAUGGUGUGACUGUGCUCACCCCGCCCUCCAACCCCGGCGCCAUCCUGGCUCCCCCCGCGCAACCCGUGCUCGCCAUCGCUUCACCCCACGGUGGAGUCCACUGGCGCAAACGCCGUAGCCUGAACCUUGGCCUCCUUGGUCUUGGUCUUGGCGGCCAUGGUGUCGCUACCUCAUACGCGUCUGUGAUCUCCGCUCCCCAGCUCAUCGCUGCCCCUCAAGUCAUUGCUGCUCCCCAGCUCGUCGCCGCUCCUCAGCUCGUCGCCGCGCACGCCCCCACCGCCGUGGUCGUUGGACCCCAGGAACACCCCGUCGCCGUCGCUGGACCCGCCCAGGGGGCCGCCGUCCUCCAGGGCCCCAAGUCCGCCGCCACCACCGUGUCCGGCCCCGCCGGCGCCAUCAUUGCCCCCUCCACGUCUGCUGGUGGCAUCAGCAGCGCUAACGGUGUGACCGUGCUCACUCCCCCUUCCAACCCCGGUGCCAUCCUGGCUCCCCCCGCGCAACCCGUGCUCGCCAUCGCUUCUCCCCACGGUGGAGCUCAUUGGCGCAAACGCCGCAGCCUUAGCCUGCUUGGCCUCGCCGGUCACGGAGUCGCUUCUUCUUACGCCAGCACUGUCCUGCACUCCUCUCCCAUCCUGGCCGCCCCCGCUUGGGGACCCCAGCUCGUGGCCGCCCCCCAGGUGAUCGCCGCUCCUCAGCUCGUCGCCGCGCACGCCCCCACCGCCGUCGUCGUCGGACCCCAGGAACACCCCGUCGCCGUCGCCGGCCCCGCUCAGGGCGCCGCCGUCCUCCAGGGCCCCAGGUCCGCCGCCACCACCGUGUCCGGCCCCGCCGGCGCCAUCAUCGCCCCCUCCACCUCUGCUGGUGGAAUCAGCAGCGCCAAUGGUGUGACUGUGCUCACCCCGCCCUCCAACCCCGGCGCCAUCCUCGCUCCCCCCGCGCAACCCGUUCUGGCCAUCGCUUCUCCCCACGGCAGCGCUCACUGGCGCAAACGCCGUAGCCUGAACCUCGGCCUCCUUGGUCUUGGUCUUGGCGGCCAUGGUGUCGCUACCUCAUAUGCCUCUGUGAUCUCCGCCCCUCAGCUGAUCUCCGCUCCCCACGUCAUUGCUGCUCCUCAGCUUAUCGCCGCUCCCCAAGUCAUCGCCGCUCCUCAGCUCGUCGCCGCGCACGCUCCCACCGCCGUGGUCGUCGGACCCCAGGAACACCCCGUCGCCGUCGCCGGCCCCGCUCAGGGCGCCGCCGUCCUCCAGGGCCCCAAGUCCGCUGCCACCACCGUGGCCGGCCCCGCCGGCGCCAUCAUCGCCCCCUCCACCUCGGCUGGUGGCAUCAGCAGCGCCAACGGCGUCACCGUCCUGACCCCGCCGUCCAACCCCGGUGCCAUCCUGGCUCCCCCUGCUCAGCCCGUUCUUGCCAUCGCUUCUCCCCACGGCGGUGCUCACUGGCGCAAACGCCGUAGCCUGAACCUUGGCCUGCUUGGUCUUGGUCUUGGCGGCCAUGCCGUUGCAUCCUCAUACGCGUCUGUGAUCUCCGCGCCCCAGCUCAUCGCUGCCCCUCAGCUCGUCGCCGCUCCUCAGGUGAUCGCCGCCCCUCAACUCGUCGCCGCCCACGCCCCCACCGCCGUGGUCGUUGGACCCCAGGAACACCCCGUCGCCGUCGCAGGCCCCGCUCAGGGCGCCGCCGUCCUCCAGGGCCCCAAGUCCGCUGCCACCACCGUGUCCGGCCCCGCCGGCGCCAUCAUCGCCCCCUCCACCUCGGCUGGUGGCAUCAGCAGCGCCAACGGCGUCACUGUCCUGACCCCGCCGUCCAACCCCGGUGCCAUCCUAGCUCCCCCUGCUCAGCCCGUCCUGGCCAUCGCUUCUCCCCACGGUGGAGCUCACUGGCGCAAACGCCGCAGCCUUAGCCUUCUUGGCCUCGCCGGUCACGGAGUCGCCUCUUCUUACGCCAGCACCGUCCUGCACUCCUCUCCCAUCCUGGCCGCCCCCGCUUGGGGACCCCAGCUCGUGGCCGCCCCCCAGGUGAUCGCCGCUCCUCAGCUCGUCGCCGCGCACGCGCCCACGGCCGUGGUCGUCGGACCCCAGGAACACCCCGUCGCUGUCGCCGGCCCCGCUCAGGGCGCCGCCGCUCUGAUCGGCCCUAAGUCCGCCGCCACGACCCUGGCCGGCCCUUCUGGAUCCAUCAUCGCCCCGUCCGCGUCCGCUGGCGCCGUCAACAGCGCUAACGGUGUCACCGUCCUCACCCCGCCCCACAACCCCGGUGCCAUCAUCACCCCUCCCGUCGCCCCCGUCGCCGCUGUCGCCGCCCCCGUCGUCGCCCUCGGUCACGGUGUUGAGCACUGGCGUCGUCGCCGCAGCCUCUUGCCCCUGGCGCACGCUGCCCCCACCGCCGUGGUCGUCGGACCCCAGGAGCACCCCGUUGCCGUCGCCGGCCCCGCUCAGGGCGCCGCCGUCCUCCAGGGCCCCAAGUCCGCCGCCACCACCGUGUCCGGCCCCGCCGGAGCUGUCAUCGCCCCCUCCACCUCUGCUGGAGGCAUCAGCAGCGCCAACGGCGUCACCGUCCUGACCCCGCCGUCCAACCCCGGUGCCAUCCUGGCUCCCCCUGCUCAGCCCGUCCUGGCCUACGCCGCCCCCGCCCACAGCGUGCCCGUCGCCGUGCAGGCUGCCGUGCCCGCCGUUCACGCGGCCCCCGUCCUCAGCGGCCUCGGCGUCGUUGGAGUUCACGGCGGUGAUGAUGGUUCCUACGUGAGCGACGGCCUCGAGGGUGCCUACAUCAGCGACGGCAGCGAUGGCGCCUACGUGAACGACGGCAGUGAUGGCUCCUGGGACGAUGGCUCUCACUACCGCCGCCGUCGUAGCCUCCUGUCCCUGGCAGUUGUGGGCCCCGCCGACCACGGCGCUGCCAUCGUCGGCCCCGCCGCCCCUGCCACCACCCUGGCCGGCCCUGGCGGCGCUGGCGCCGUGAUCCAGCCCGCCACCGCUGGCGGCCAGGUCAUCACCAACGGCCACGGCAGCACGGUGCUGGUGGCGCCCCAGGCCCCCGCCACCGUCCUCGCCUCCCCCGUGUCCGCGCACGGCGCUGGUGCCAUUCUGCUCGGCUAGACAGGAUCAAAAUACAGACUGAAAGCGAAAAAAGAUCUUUUAUUUUCUUUCCGAGCGAAAUGCAAUGUUGAUGGUCUUGCCGCCGCCGCCCUUCUGCCGCCCGGCAGGUAGAUCGACAUUGCAUUUCGAAAAGAAGAAAAAAGCGACGAACGCGAGCCCUGGGCUCGAGUGUGAUUUUACGUGCCUUUUCACAGUGCGUUGCUUGUGCAUGGACGCCGUGUCGCAGCCAAUGUUUUGAAAGAAAUAGACACGACGCCCAAACACACGCAACACGGUAUUGUUUUGUAUAAACGCAUAGCCAAUGAUUAUUUAUAGAACUGUACCAUGCGUACGCUACUGGUCAUUUUCCCCGAUGCCUGUGUUAUGAAACUGCCACGAUGUGUGUACAUAAACGAAAUAAAAUACAAAGUGAAAAACAAUUGAA